AUGAGUACGCUUCUUUUCAGUCAUCCCGCCUGCGAGCAGCACGAUCCCGGGCCUCUUCAUCCGGAAAAUCCGGGCCGUCUCAAGGCCAUCAUGAAGACUCUCGACAGUCCCGAGUUUUCCGGUCUGCUGCGCCGCGAAGCCCCGCGCGCCGAGCAUGGACAGAUUGCGCGGGUCCAUCCUGACAGCUUCGUGCACGAGGUUCUGGCCGCCAUACCGGACCAUGGCGACCGCAUGCUGGAUGCCGAUACCAUCGUCUCGCCGGGCUCGGGCGAAGCCGCAUUGCGGGCCGCCGGCGCGGUGGUCGCGGCGGUUGACGCGGUGAUGGCGGGCGAAGCCGACAACGCCUUCUGCGCGGUCCGCCCGCCGGGCCACCAUGCCGAGCCGCGCCAGGCCAUGGGCUUCUGCCUGUUCAAUAAUGUCGCGGUCGGCGCCCUGCAUGCCCGCGAGGUGCACCGCUGCCACCGCGUCGCCGUGGUCGAUUUCGAUGUCCACCAUGGCAACGGAACCCAGGCCAUGUUCUGGGACGAUCCGGACCUGUUCUACGCCUCGACGCAUCAGUUUCCGUUCUAUCCCGGAACCGGACGCGCGCAAGAGCGCGGCGUUGCAAACAACAUCAUCAACGUGCCGCUGCCGCCGCCGGCCGGAUCGGCGGAGUUCCGGCAGGCGAUGCGCGACUGUGUGAUUCCGGCCAUGACGCGCUUCGAGCCGGAGUUCGUGUUCAUCUCGGCCGGAUUCGAUGCCCAUGCCGACGACCCCCUGGCCAGCCUGAACUUCGUCGAGGAGGACUAUGCCUGGGCGACGCAGCAGUUGAUGGAGCUGGCCCGCAGCGCCUGUGGGGGGCGAUUGGUCUCGGUUCUGGAGGGGGGCUACGAUCAUGCGGCUCUGGCCAGCUGUGCCGCAGCCCAUGUCCGCACGCUGAUGACCAGACACACCCCGGGGGGGAAACGGAUGCCCAAGAACGAGGUUCCCAACGACAUCCAGGCGAUGAGCUUCGAGGAGGCGCUCGACGCCCUGAAGCAGAUCGUGGCCAAGCUGGAGCAGGGACAGGGCGCCCUUGACUCCGCGAUCGAGGAUUACGAGCGCGGCGCGGCCCUGAAGCGCCAUUGCGAUCAGAAACUGCGCGAGGCGCAGGCCAAGAUCGAGAAAAUCAGCCUUUCGGCCGACGGCACGGCCGAUGCCUUGGCCAGCCAGGGAGAAACGAUUUCGGCCCUGCUCGACCGGAUGCUCCCGAAGACCGACGGACCGCGCGGGCGCGUUGUCGAGGCGAUGCGCUAUGCCGCCCUGUCGGGCGGAAAACGCCUGAGGCCGUUCCUGGUGCGCGAAUCGGCCCGCCUCUUCGAUGUCCCCGAGCAGCAGGCGCUCAGGGUCGGGGCCGCCAUCGAGAUGGUGCACUGCUACAGCCUGAUCCACGACGAUCUGCCGGCGAUGGACGACAGCGACCUGCGGCGCGGCCGCCCGACGGUUCACAUCGCCUUCGACGAGGCAACCGCGAUCCUGGCCGGCGACGGGCUGCUGACGGAGGCUUUCGCGGUUCUGUCCGGGCCCGAGACCCAUGACCUUGCGGCGGUGCGGGUUGAAUUGUUGCGGCAACUGGCCGCCGCGGCCGGGGCGGCGGGCAUGGUGGGCGGCCAGAUGAUCGAUAUGUCGCCGGAGCGCGCUGAGCUUGACCUGGCCGGAAUCUCCCACCUGCAAAGCCUGAAGACCGGGGCGCUGAUCCUGUUUUCCUGCGAGGCCGGCCCGAUCCUGGCACAGGCGCCCGAGCCUCAGCGGCAGGCGCUGAAGGACUAUGCCCGCGAUCUCGGCCUCGCCUUUCAGAUCGCCGACGACAUCCUGGACGCCGAAAGCACGCCGGAAGCGCUCGGCAAGCCGACGGGCCAGGACGCAAGUCUCGGAAAAGCCACAUUCGUCGGCCAGCUUGGCAUCUCAGGCGCCCGUAACAAGGCGGAGGCCCUGGUGGAUUCAGCCUGUCGGCGGCUUGAUCUUUUCGGCCAAAAGGCGGACCUUUUGAGAGAGGCGGCGGCCUUUGUGGUCGCGCGAGUGGCAGAAGCCUUGGCAGAGAUCGGUCAUAAUCGGCGCCCGACGCCGCUGCUCGACAGCGUUUCCGACCCCUCGGAUCUGCGCAAACUCGACGAAGGACAGCUGCGUGACUUCGCCGACGAACUGCGUGCGGAGAUGAUCGAGGCGGUCUCCGUGACCGGCGGCCAUCUGGGCGCCGGCCUUGGUGUCGUCGAACUGACGACGGCCCUGCACCAUGUCUUCAACACGCCCGAUGACCGGCUGAUCUGGGAUGUCUCCCACCAGUGCUAUCCGCAUAAGAUCCUGACCGGCCGGCGUGACCGUAUCCGCAGCCUGCGCCAGGGCGGCGGGCUCUCCGGCUUCACCAGCCGCAAGGAGAGCCCUUACGACCCCUUCGGUGCGGCGCACAGCUCGACCUCGAUUUCCGCCGGCCUGGGCUUCUCCGUUGCGCGCGACUUCCGCGGCGAUGACAACGCGGUCAUUGCGGUGAUCGGCGAUGGCGCGAUGAGUGCCGGCAUGGCUUACGAGGCGAUGAACAACGCCGGAGCCAUGAACAGCCGUCUGAUUGUCAUCCUCAACGACAACGACAUGUCCAUCGCGCCGCCCGUGGGGGCGAUGAGCGCCUACCUCUCGCAGCUGAUUUCCUCCAAGCCGUUCCAGUCCGUGCGCAGCCUCGGGCGGGUUGUGGCCAAGCGCUUCCCGCGCCCCAUCGAGAUGGCGGCGCGCCGCGCCGAGGAAUAUGCCCGCGGCCUGCUGACCGGCGGCACGCUGUUCGAGGCGCUGGGGAUCGAGAUGCCGGAGCGGGGGAGCGCAGUGGAAAUCGGCAAGGGCCGCAUCCUGCGUGAAGGCAGCAAGGUUGCCAUCCUGUCGCUGGGCACGCGCCUUGCCGAUGCCCUGGCCGCUGCCGACGAUCUCGCCGCCCGCGGCCUGUCGACGACGGUGGCCGAUGCCCGCUUCGCCAAGCCGCUGGACGAGGACCUUGUACGGCGUCUUGCCGGCGAGCACGAAGUUCUGAUCACGGUCGAGGAGGGCGCAAUCGGCGGGUUUGCCACCCAGGUGAUGCAGUUCCUCGCGCGCCAGGGACUGUUCGACAAGGGGCUGCGCUUCCGCCCGGUCACCCUGCCGGACUUCUUCAUCGAUCACGACAAGCCGGAGCGUCAGCUGGCGCUGGCCGGGGUCGACCGCGAAGGCAUCCUCGCCGCGGCGCUGCAGGCCUUGGGCCAGCAGGAGGUCGAGUCACCGGCCCGCGCCUGA